GUCUCCAUCACGCGCCUGCCCACCUCUCCCUCGCCGUGUGCCGACCUCGCUCCCCACAACCAUCCGCAAGGAGGGCAUAGCCAUGGUGCGGGCGAGCCUUCUCGCCGUGCGCGAGGCGCUAGCGGUCGGCGCUGCUGCGGCCACGCGGCACGGCGCCGACGCCGCCCCGCUCGGUCCCGUGGCGAUCUUGCUCCUCGCGGUGGCCGCGACGGCAGCCGUGGCGGCCAUCGCGGCGUUCGGGUGCGCGCAAGGCGCCAAGAAGCCGCGCCGGCAGAACAACAACAACAACGCCUACUACUACGGCCAGGGCUACCCGCCGCCUCCCGCGGGCGCGUACGGCUACCCUGCGCAGGCCGCGUACGGCUACCCGGCGCAGGGCGCCGGAGGGAGGCCCGGCCGCAGCGGGCUUGGGUCGGGAGCCGCGGGGCUCGCCGUCGGCGCGGUCGGCGGGCUGGCCGCCGGCGCCAUCAUCGGCUCGGCGCUCGACUCCGGCGGCGGCGGCGGCUGCGGUGGCGGUGGCGGCUGCGGCGGCGGCGGAUGCGGUGGCGGUGGCUGCGGCGGCGGAUGCGGUGGUUGACCUCUCUGAUUUACCUCUGUCAUGUGAUACGCGUGGCAAUCUGCAUGGCACUAUGACUUGUGUUCACGGGUUCUUUUAUUUUGUGAAACAAAAAGAAAGCACGAUAUGAUUCCAUGGGAUUUCGUGCUGUCGGAUCAAAUGUUCUUGUUAAACCAUAAUCGAUGUCUGAUCAUCUAUAUAUAACUGUUGUCGCGUAGGAGUACGUAUGUACAUACCCACGUUAUCCUGUUUAUUAUGAUAUUAAUGCACAUAAUCCUCAUCGCGUCCUUAU